AUGUCUUCGUUUCUGUGUUUUUUAUGCCACAGCACUGUUAAUGAUGAGACUAAUGAGGAAACUCGUGAAAAGUACAAAGAAGUCGUGGGCAUUCAUCUAUGUCCUGAUUCACAUUUAUGCUACAUAUGCUGUCAUGUCCUGCAUAAGCUGUUUAUGUUUCGAUCAAUAUGCUUGAAAAGAAGUCUGGAAUACCCUGUACUGUUCAGUGAAAAAGGAACAAUAAAUCUGCAUAGAAGUGAUAUAGAAAUAAAUAUCCUUUGCCCAGAAGACUGUGAUCAAUACCAAGUCAAACAAUACCAGUAUGAUUACAAUAAUGAUUUCAAUAAUCAUUUUAACCAAACCGACUUUAAUCAUAGCCAUUUUAAUGAGAAUCAUGUUAAUGAUAACCAAUAUGUCGAGUUAGAGGAUGAAUAUGAUUGCUUUAUGAAAAAUCAAUAUGAUGUCGAAAAAGUCACUGAAAACUAUGAUUAUAUUAAUGAUAAGACAGACACAGUGUUAAACGAUGAACAUUUUCACAAUUUCAAUGAAAACUUUGAUUAUUUCAAGUAUAAUGUAGAGAUACCUCCCAUAAAUAAUGUGCAAUGUAAAAAUAAUGAUAAUAUCGGUUUAAAUUAUAAUGAAAGCAGGAGUGAUUUCACCACUGAAAUUAAUCAACCAAAUUUCGAUUUAAAUGACUAUGAGAAUCAAAUAAAACAUCACAGUAUACGUAACGAAUCAUGUAUGCAAAAUAUAAGUAAUAUUUCAAAUACAGUCAAUGCAGUGACAGUAGCUGAAAAUGAUAUUGUUGAAAAUGAAUUUGAAAAUACUCUCCAAUCAAGUCAGGUAAACAACAAAACCUUAAAUGCUAACUUAAACGAAAAUGUAAUUCCAAACCCUGUAAGAGAAAAUGAUAAGGUAACUAUCAUUAAUGAUUGUAAUAAUGACACAAAUGAUACAAACACCAAUAUUAAUGACGAUACUAUUGAUGAUGUUGAAAGCUUUGAUGAUGUUAAAACAGAUAAAUUGGGAGAAAUCGAAUCACAUAUAGAACAUAAAAAAGUGAAAAAGAAGAAGAAAGGUUUCAAAAAGAUCAUUCUUACAAUUGAAGAGCAGAAGAAAGAGUUGGAACGGAAUAGAAAAAGUAAGAAGUAUAUAGAAGCGGAAUUUAAAUGCUACAACUGUGCGCUAGGAUUUUUAUUUAAAGAUACCUACCAAGCUCAUAUGAUGCGGCAUGAAGAGUCCAACGGUGAAUUCCUCUGCGAUACUUGCACGUUGCGGUUCUCAACGCACGCAUUACUACGGACACACAAUGAGAUGCAUUCGAACAUAUAUAAAUGUCUGCUAUGCGGGGAACUUAUGAAGCCGAGAGCGAAACGGACACACCCUUGUUUUAAGACAAAAAUUGACGAGGUGGUACCUUGUCACUUGUGUGGGAAUCUCUUUCGAGAUGCAAAUGGACUUCAGCAGCACUUACGCAGAGUGCACGCCAAGAUAUCGAACCGGCUACACUCAUGCACGAUAUGCAAUGAGAGUUUCACUAGUCCGUCUGUUUUGAAAACACAUAUGAUAAAGCACAUAAAUGGUAAAUUUCAAUGCGAGAAAUGCCCAGCUGUGUACAAGAAUCCAUACACUCUAGCCCGACACAAGAAGAAACACGACCUUCUCAAAGAGCAGCAUUACUGUACACUAUGCGAGGAAAUUUUUGAUAGUCGCAAGAAUCUUUUGGCGCAUAUCAGGCGGACUGCCGCACAUCAGAACACUGUGCUAGAGUGUCCGAUAUGCGGCCGCAUAUGCGCAACACAGAGCGCACUAGACGCGCACGAGCAGACACAUGCGCCGGCGCAGUAUAACUGCACGAUCUGCGCAAACUCUUACACAAGCAGAAAAUCGUUAAUACGACACAUCAAACGACACACACCGGGUGUUGUAGCUAAAAUAGCCGUUUGUCAUUUGUGUGGAAAUAGUUUUAAGGGUAAAAACAAAUUAAACAGACAUCUCAAACAAGUUUGCGAAAAGGAUAAGUUAGAAGAACAAUUGACUGCGCUAUAUGAUUGA